AUUCUACUUAUAAGUUCUAGGGUGUUCUUUCGACAAAUCAAUAAUCCCCAAAUUCGUCGUCUGAUCUCUCCAACCAAUUUGAUCAGAGCUGGUUUUCUGCUUCCAUGGACGAAAGUGAAGGUAUAGAAACUAGUUCUUCUUCUAUGGUUACUUGUAAGUCUAAUAAUGAAGAGAUUAAAAUGUUUGAUGAAAUUACUGAGAGAAAUGGAGAGGAAAUUAUCAAAGAUCUUAAAAUGAUUGAUGAAAUUACUGAGAGUGAUGGAGAGGAAGAUGUCACUGAUAAUUUCGAAGUUGAAUUUCUGGAAAUUAGUUCUACUAUGGCUAAUAAUGAGGAGCUUAAAGUGUUUGAUGAAAUUACUGACAGAGAUGGAGAGGAAGAUGUGACUGUUAAGAUUAAAGAGCUUAAAGUGUUUGAUGAAAUUACUGAGAGAGAUGGAGAGGAAGAUGUAGGUUAUGAAUUCUUGAACAUAGAUUACAAGGGAAAGGCUAUAUUGUCAAUAGAACCUGAGGAUGCAGUGGUGAGGGAUAUUUCAGACAAUGGUGAUGAUGGGUCAGAAGUGUAUGAUCCAGAAGAAGGAUCGGGUUAUGAAUCUGAUGACAUUGAUUUUAAGUCGUAUGCUGAGGAGGAGGCUUUAGCAUUACAAGCCAAGUUCGAUGCUGAAGAUCUCCCUGCCGGUGCAGAAGUCUCUGUCUCUUGGUUGGUGGUGGAGGACCAACCCACUGAUAGCAGUUCAACUGUUCCCAAGCAGGUUGAAGAGGAGGAUGAUGGAGUUAUGGUGAAGUUUAAAUCGUUUAAAAGUUUCGAUACAGUUGCAGAUUUCUCUGACCACCAUUUUCAAUCAAAGCCAGUUACCGAAUCAACGCAGGCAUCACAAAAGUGGGUAAAGACGAUUCAGCGGGAUUGGAGACUUCUAAAGAACAAUUUGCCUGACACUAUAUUUGUUAGAGCUUAUGAAGAGAGAAUGGAUCUUUUAAGGGCUGUGAUUGUAGGUGCUGCUGGUACUCCUUACCAUGACGGACUCUUCUUCUUCGAUGUUUACUUUCCACCAGAGUAUCCUGAUACACCGCCGCUCGUCAACUACCAUGCACAUAAUCUGCGUAUAAAUCCAAACUUGUACAAUUGUGGGUAUGUUUGCCUUAGUCUUCUCAACACAUGGCAGGGGCAUACCGUUGAGCGUUGGACCCCAGGGCAAUCCACUAUGCUGCAAGUUCUUCUGUCUAUCCAGGCACUGGUGUUGAAUGAAAAGCCCUACUACAAUGAGCCUGGAUAUGAGCUCGAUGCUGGUACUUUACGAGGCGAGAAGCUUUCCCAAGAAUACAAUGAGAGCACAUUUAUUCUUUCAUGCAAGACAAUGCAGUACACGCUUAAGAAUCCCCCAAAGCAUUUUGAGGACUAUGUACUGGGGCAUUUCCGCCUUCGAGCAUACACUAUUUUGGCUACUUGUAAGGCUUACAUUGAAGGUGCUCAGAUCGGUUCUGUUGUUGAAGAAGAAGUGCAGGACGAUAAUGAGAGUGAAGAAGAAGUACAGGAUGAUAAUGAGAGUCAAAAGAGCCGCUCCUCAGUAAACUUGAACGAGGAGGAAACCAUUGUUGAAGGAGUGAAGGAUGUAAAUGAGAGUCAAAAGAGCAGCACCUCAUUGCGCUUCAAAAACGAAGUGGGUACGAUGGCAGGGAACCUUGCUCCAAUGUUUAUAUCAAAAGGCGCUAAGAAUUGUGAGCAGUUCAUCUGUUUGGGAGACGCUUACAGGUUAGCUGAAGCAAAUUACAGUAACAUUUUUAAGGAACAUUUCUACAAGCCAGUAGGAGAACAAGUUGGUGCCGCUGAAUCUUAAGCCCUAUUACAUCCUUUUGCCCAUUCACCAUAUCUCAAACUGAAUUUCAACCUUUUGCUUAUAUUUUGUUCAACUCGGUCUCAGGCUCAGUCUCAGUCUCAAGCUCAAGGUAAAGUUCAUUUUGGGACAAAUAACCAUUACUACUUAGCCUAGGUGUAGAUAUAUAACUAUUUAAGUGUCUAUAUUAGGGAAUUAUGCAAAUGUUUUUUUGUUCAACUUCUGACCUCCACCUUCUGGAAGUUCUGGAAGACUAUCACAUUUGCUUACUAUUGGGGAACAGUUUUUAAUUGAAUGUCUAAUAUCAGCCUUCCUUUAUUUCUCA